AUGUUCCUCCUUAACACAUUUCUGGCAGCAGCCCUCGUUUGGGGCGAGUUGAUAGACGCAUUAGUCGCCCGCACAUCCUUCGAUGCUCCAAACUACCGUUACAGCUCCUUCAGCUAUACACAGCUCACAUCCAACCGCUAUGCAACGUCAUUACCUUCUCCCGUCUCUUUCCCUACCCCGUUCGCACCACCGUUCAGUGAAGCCUCGACUCUCCUGCCAACUGGUGUUACCUAUACUACGUAUAGCUUCAAUCCCACCGCGACCGCUGCGCCUAAAUCGGAGACAGAGCAAUACGGCCAAGAAGCAUAUCAUGACCUCUGGACGACGCUCUCCUACACUGACGCUCCUCCCUUCACAACAACAGUGUCUCCAAGUGCCGUUCCUAGCACUGAGCUGGUCUUUCCGCCUGCUUUGACUCCUUUCCUCGCAAACCCCACGAAGAAACUGCCAGCAAACUUCAUUUGGGGUGUUGCGGGCAGUGCAUGGCAGAUCGAGGGUGGUCUCCAAUUAGAAGGCCGAGGACCAAGCGUCUUGGACACAACCGGGUCUAUCCAGGCAAAUGAUAGUGCUACUGACUCUAAUGCGGCUGUUAUGAAUUAUUUCCUCUACAAGCAAGACAUUGCCCGUCUCGCCGCUCUAGGGGUACCAUACUACUCUUUUUCAAUCUCCUGGACGCGUAUUGUUCCUUUUGGAGUGGCUGGGUCGCCCGUGAACACGGAAGGUCUGGCUCAUUACGACGAUGUGAUUAACACUUGUUUAGAAUACGGCGUCACCCCGAUCGUGACUCUAACUCACGCCGACUAUCCUUCAUCUGUGGCCGCCGACAUGGGCAACCUUUCCACCCACUUCCUGUACUAUGCUCAACAAGUGAUGACCCGGUACGCCGACCGCGUGCCAUACUGGGUCACUUUCAACGAGCCCAAUAUUGCCAUCGGAUACAUAUUCACCGACUAUAGCAUUCUUAAGGAUCUCUUACUUGCUCAUGCCGCCGUUUACCACUGGUACAAGGAGACACUUGGCGGUACGGCUCAGAUCACCAUAAAGUUUGCCAACAACCUCGCUCUGCCUCUCGAUUCCACCAACAGUACCCAUCUCGACAGCGCCCUGCGCUACCAGGAUUUCAUCCUCGGGAUCAUGGGCAAUCCCAUACUCCUGGGCGAACAAAUCCCGUCUGAGGUCCUCAAUACCCCCAACAUCAACCUGACUGCCCUGACCGACGAGGAGCUGGCCACGGUGAAAGGCACUGUGGACUUUAUCUCCAUCGACCCGUACGUCUCGCAGUACGCCUUGCCAGCGCCCGAGGGCAUCGAGACCUGCGCCACCAACUCCAGCAAUCCGCUUUGGCCCGCGUGCGUCUCGCUCACGAACGUCCAAUCCAACGGGUGGCUUAUGGGCCAAGCGUCUAACGCCUAUGCCUACAUCGCGCCGCAGUAUGUGCGCCAGCAGCUCGGAUAUAUCUGGAACACAUUCCGUCCCAAGGGUAUCUUAGUAGCGGAGUACGGCUUCAACCCCUUCGAUGACGCCAAGCGCUCCCUCGACGCGCAGCGCUACGAUCUCGAGCGCACGCUAUAUUAUCAUUUCUUCCUCCGGGAGGUCAUCACGGCCAUCCACGAGGAUGGCAUCAACGUGAUAGGGGCGCUGGCGUGGAGUGUCCUAGAUAAUAAUGAGUUUGGAAGCUUUGACAAUAUGUACGGGUUGCAGACGGUCAACCGGACGGAUGGACGGUUUGAGAGGCAUUACAAGCGAAGUUUCUUCGACUACGUGGAUUUUUUCCACCAACAUAUCGAGUCGUGA